AUGUCCUCCGCAACGCCGCAAUUCUGGGCCGGCCCCCUCCGGUACCUCCGCUGGGCCACGCGUGAAAGGCCCAACUACGUCUGGCCCGUCGUCAUUGGCGCCGCCGGGCCCGUCGUGCUCUUGACCGUCCCGCCCACCCUCGAAAAGCUCGGCUACCGCCGCGCCCCCCCGAUCCCCAUGACCUAUCCCAUCCCCCCCGGCCCGAGGAAGACGCUGACCGGCUACGACGACGAGUAA